GUGGAGAAAUUACAACCGCAUGAUGUUAAUCACAAACGGAGUUAAACCGUAUCGGCGACCGGUUUAGUGUUUGGCAGUGUUCACCAAGCAAAUGCGAAUCAAAAUCAAAUCGCCUGCUUUUACUUUCUUCAAUUCUCCCAUAUCGAAGAAGAAUCAUCAAAGUCAAGCAAAUCAUUCCCUCGGAGAAGGGAUCCAACAAAGUCCUAGAGAAGAACACCCAGUCGUAUUUGGGGAGGCCAUCUUCAUCAAUCAAUCAAAUCAAAUCAAAUGGCUAGCAGCUGGAGAAGAUCAAUUGGGAACGUGAGGUCUUUCAUCGGUAAUUCCAUGGGUGGUCUUAGAGGUGCUCAGAGCGCCGCUUCUUGGGUCGUCGCCGGUACUAUCGCCUAUUUUCUCUGGAUUAAGCCAGCUCAAGAUCUCAAAAAAGAACAAGAGGCUAGAGCAGCUCUUGCAGCAAUGGCUGAUCCAAAUCAAUACGUUGAGAAAAGGAAACCAAUUGCUGAUCCUCAGGUUACUGGUUUGAUAUAUGGAAACAAAAACAGAUCUGAUAAGCCACAAGAUUGAGUUUUUUUUUCUGUAAGUUUGAACAUCUGGUGGUUGUAAGUUAGCUUCUACAGUUUUUGUCAGGUUCCCCCCUAUAGCUGAAAGAUGAUGUAUAGACACUAUAGUUGUCACUUACAACAACGAAUAAAAGAUGGAAACAUUUUUGUUGUUACCCAACCAGUUCUGAAGGGGUUUUAUAUGGCAUUGAGUGAGGUUGAUAACGGAUCUGGAAAACUUAUACACGUUGUAUUUGAAUCGUUGUUUACCUGUUAAAUUGGUAAGGUGUAUCGUAUUACAUCUUUUCAGCUCCUUGCAUAUUCUGUAGUUGGUAUGUUCUAUGAUUGUGUUAUUUUCGCGACA